AUUACUUUCGGUUUUCUUCAGAACAUCAGAAGGAGACGGGGAGCUUUUUAGCGGCUAAGGUCAAGUGGCUUCUAACAGUAUUUGCACAUCAAAUAAUAACAUUUUUAAUACUAACUGUCGAGAAUGAAUGUGAAUGAAUGCUGGUUUGUUAUUUGUUAUUUCUUUCAGUGAAUCCUACGGGUCAGACUAAACGCAUUUGACUUUUAUUUUAACUUGGGCCUAACAAAAAAAAAAUGUUUUUUUUUUUUUUUACUCUUUUUUUUUCGGUCAGUUUUGUAUUUUGCUCGGUUUGAAAAGUUCGAUGAGAGACGAAAUAAAGCCGAUCCUGCUUCACCCGCCCUCACACAUCCACGGGGGCGACGGCGACUAACAUUUAAUCCACGCUUUUUUUUAAUAGAAAUAAUUCUAUUUUUGAUAUCAACAUAACAAAUAUUAUUUUUGAUACCAACCAUUCUAUUUCUGAUAUUAACAAAACACUACUAAUUUAUGUAAUAGAAUUGCUGAUAACCGAAAUUAGCACUGUAUAAAGUUAACCAUUUAAAAUUAAACUAUAUAUGUGUUAGAUUUUAUAUAUAAAGAGAGCUCUCCUCAACACUGCAGAGCUGUAUAGAGGUCUAUAGGAAAGAGAGCUCCACACUCAACACUGCAGAGCUGUAUAGAGGUCUAUAGGAAAGAGAACUCCACACUGCAGAGCUGUAUAGAGGUCUAUAGGAAAGAGAGCUCCACACUGCAGAGCUGUAUAGAGGUCUAUAGGAAAGAGAGCUCCACACUGCAGAGCUGUAUAGAGGUCUAUAGGAAAGAGAACUCCACACUGCAGAGCUGUAUAGAGGUCUAUAGGAAAGAGAACUCAACACUGUAGAGCUGUAUAGAGGUCUAUAGGAAAGAGAGCUCCACACUCAACACUGCAGAGCUGUAUAGAGGUUUAUAGGAAAGAGAACUCCACACUGCAGAGCUGUAUAGAGGUCUAUAGGAAAGAGAACUCCACACUGCAGAGCUGUAUAGAGGUCUAUAGGAAAGAGAACUCCACACUGCAGAGCUGUAUAGAGGUCUAUAGGAAAGAGAACUCAACACUGUAGAGCUGUAUAGAGGUCUAUAGGAAAGAGAGCUCCUCUCAACACUGCAGAGCUGUAUAGAGGUCUAUAGGAAAGAGAUCUCAACACUGCAGAGCUGUACAGAGGUCUAUAGGAAAGAGAACUCAACACUGCAGAGCUGUACAGAGGUCUAUAGGAAAGAGAACUCAACACUGCAGAGCUGUAUAGAGGUCUAUAGGAAAGAGAGCUCCCCUCUCAACACUGCAGAGCUGUAUAGAGGUCUAUAGGAAAGAGAACUCAACACUGCAGAGCUGUAUAGAGGUCUAUAGGAAAGAGAACUCCCCUCAACACUGCAGAGCUGUAUAGAGGUCUAUAGGAAAGAGAUCUCCACACUGCAGAGCUGUAUAGAGGUCUAUAGGAAACAGAACUCCACACUGCAGAGCUGUAUAGAGGUCUAUAGGAAAGAGAACUCCACACUGCAGAGCUGUAUAGAGGUCUAUAGGAAAGAGAACUCCCCUCAACACUGCAGAGCUGUAUAGAGGUCUAUAGGAAAGAGAGCUCCACUCUGCAGAGCUGUAUAGAGGUCUAUAGGAAAGAGAACUCCACACUGCAGAGCUGUAUAGAGGUCUAUAGGAAAGAGAGCUCCACUCAACACUGCAGAGCUGUAUAGAGGUCUAUAGGAAAGAGAGCUCCACUCUCAACACUGCAGAGCUGUAUAGAGGUCUAUAGGAACGAGAACUCCCCUCAACACUGCAGAGCUGUAUAGAGAUCUAUAGGAAAGAGAACUCAACACUGCAGAGCUGUAUAGAGGUCUAUAGGAAAGAGAACUCAACAUUACAAACGUAAUACCGAGCCACAAAAAGGGAGACAAAACCGAACCAGGUAACUACAGACCAAUAAGCCUGACUUCUAUUAUAUGUAAACUUAUGGAAACUAUAAUAAGAUCCAAAAUAGAAAAUUACCUAUAUGGUAACAAUAUCCUGGGAGACAGUCAGCAUGGUUUUAGGAAAGGGAGAUCGUGUCUAACUAACCUGCUUGACUUUUUUGAGGAUGCAACAUCGACAAUGGAUAAUUGCAAAGCAUACGAUAUGGUUUAUUUAGAUUUCCAGAAAGCUUUUGACAAAGUCCCGCAUAAAAGAUUAAUUCUCAAACUGAAUGCAGUAGGGAUUCAAGGAAAUGCAUGCACAUGGAUUAGGGAGUGGUUAACAUGUAGAAAACAGAAAGUACUGAUUAGAGGAGAAGAGGGGCGGUCUAAGAAGAGAGAAAAAGGUGAGAAGUGAAGCUCUAAACUCUUUAAUAAUUGGCUUAUUUCACUUCUGUUGCAGAGGAGAAACACAGCUAACUGAGGAACGAGUGAUUCAGUAGAGAGAGACAUGGACCCGACUCCAAGGAGAAGAAGACGACGCAGUAAUGAUUUUGAACCACCCGCUCUGUCCGGAGACUCUUCCAGAGGGAAUAUCCAAGUGAAGAGACAGAGGAGGGAGGACAAGGAGGAACUGAAGAGCGAUCCUGUAUUGGAAAUGAAGAAGAUCCAGGAAUUCGUUCAGCGGUUCCCAGAUCAGCAGAAGGAAACAGAAAGCUCUGUGAGGGAACUGAAGAACAUCGCUGCCUACAUUCGCAAUGACAGAGAUGCCCUGGUUGAUGGGUCUCCAGCUACUUCUCUCAUUCGAAGAGGAGCAUGGCUCGGAGCUGCAGGUGUAACAGGAUUGGCGCUGGCUCCGUUCACAGGAGGAGCCAGUCUAGCAGUUACUGUAGCAGUUUCUGUAGCGGCUGCUGGAGGCGGUGCAUUCGCUGCCAGUAAAGGGGGAUCAGCCUUGAAAGAUUACAAUAAGAAGUUAGAGGAUAUACGUGAAAAUGCGAGACGCAGGAUGACAGAGCUCGGCAGAUCUGCCACCACAGCAAUCGCAGCUCUUUUAAAACUAAAGAGACUCUCCGGGCUGCGCACUGCUGCUGACCCAGAUUAUGAAAAGGUGUUUGAAAUGCUACAGACAGACUCAGGUCUCAGAGAUCUGACAGAGAGGAUGGAAGAGUUACUAGUGGCUAGCGGCACUGACAAAUUAGCAGAUAGUGAGAUAGAUAAAAUAGCUGAAAACGUUUUUCCAAAUGACCUGAAGGCGCUGUUAUCAUUGUUUUCUAUCAUUCUAAGAUUUAAUAUCAAGAACCAGAAAAACGAGAAGGCGCGUAAGAUCCACGAUUGUGCUGUGAAGCUUGAGAAAAACCUGCAGACAGGGAGGGAGAUCCAGACAGCCAUGAAAAAACUCCAACUGAAAUGGUUCCAGUGUGAGCGCCGCGUGUUGUGAAAGAGGAGGCGCAGUCGUGUAGAUAAGCGCUGUUUCCAACGGGCUCUGGAGCUUUCAGAGUUCAUUAAUAAGAACGGAUGCCCCGCCCCCUUCUGGCUAUAACGGGUUUCAAAAUUUUAAAACAAUUUUUUACGUUUUAUUUUUGUAUAUAUGUUUUUGACUUUAUUAUUGGUUGGGGUUCGGGCUAGUCUGGGCAUGCGCAGUACACACAGUAGGAACAUCUGACAGGACGUGACAGCGGUGUGUGGAGAUUACAGAAUUAAUUACCCAGGAUCUCAGUCCUCAGCGAGCCUCCGCAGAAAAUCAUCUUUUACAAUUAGCAUUGUGGUGUGUUUGUUUUUUCUCCAUUGCAUUUAAUUACUGUUCUACAUA